GGCGACUUAGAUAGAUCAAUCGACCGCCAUCAACUCCCGCCCAUCAUCAUGUCUGAAGAUACUGUUCCAAUUCAUCCCGUUGCUCCCCGCCUCAAGGCUGGCAUAAAAGUUCCUCACGUCGGUCCCGAUCUUGCAGCAUACAAGUCUUCCCAUGCGGUAACCCUCGGCCACGAGUCUGAUGCUUGGUGGAGAAAGGCUAGUUCGCGAUUCACUUUUUUUCAUAUGGCCCAUGAUACGUUGCACUGGGACCGUCCAUUCAAGACUGUGCGUGCCGGUGGUUUUGAAACCGGUGAUAUCGUCUGGUUCCCAGAGGGCGGUCUCAAUGCAUCUUACAACUGUGUCGAUCGCUGGGCAUUUAAACACCCAAACAAAACCGCCAUUAUCUACGAGGCGGAUGAACCCGAGGAUGGCUGCCUCGUCACUUAUGCGGAGCUGCUCCGCGAGGUCUGCUCUAUCGCAAACGUCCUCAAAGCUCUUGGUGUAAAGAAGGGCGAUACCGUUUCUGUAUAUCUACCAAUGACCUGGCAAUCCGUUGCUGCUUUCCUCGCUUGCGCUCGGAUCGGUGCUGUCCACUCUGUAGUCUUCGCUGGAUUUAGCGCAGAAUCUCUUCGUGAUCGUGUUCAAGACUGCAAGUCGCGUGUUGUCCUUACCAGUGACGAGGGCAGGCGUGGUGGCAAGUCAAUCGCAACCAAAGCAAUCGUUGACGCUGCUCUCAAGGAAUGCCCUGCCGUUGAACAUGUCCUUGUUCUCAGGCGCACCGGUGGCCAGGUCCCAUGGGUCGAUGGUAGGGACAAGUGGUGGCACGAGGAGACUGCCAAAGUCCCUAAUUACUGCCCACCCGAGAUCAUGUCAUCAGAAGACCCGCUCUUUAUUCUCUACACUUCUGGAUCCACAGGAAAACCCAAGGGUGUCGUUCAUACCACUGGCGGGUACCUCCUUUGCGCCGCCCUUACUGUAAAAUACGUUUUCGAUGUCCACCCAGAUGACAAGUUUGCCUGCAUGGCUGAUAUCGGUUGGAUUACUGGACAUACCUACAUUGUUUAUGGACCACUUGCAAAUGGAGUCAGCACCACCGUCUUUGAAUCAACUCCAGUUUACCCCACACCAUCCCGCUACUGGCAGACCGUCCAGAAGCACCAGCUUACCCAGUUCUAUUCUGCUCCUACUGCCAUUCGCCUCCUUCGCAGACUCGGCGCUCAGCACGUAGAGAACCAUGAUCUCAGCAGUUUGCGUGUCCUCGGCUCUGUCGGUGAGCCUAUUAACCCCGAAGCCUGGAACUGGUACAACGAACAUGUCGGCAAGAAGCAGUGCGCUAUCGUUGAUACGUUCUGGCAAACUGAGACUGGAUCGAUCGUCGUUACCCCAUUCCCCGGUGCGAUUGAGACUAAGCCUGGUUCUGCAACUGUUCCCUUCUUCGGUAUCGAACCUGCUAUUCUGGACCCUGUUAGUGGAAAGGAAUUAGAAGGAAACAACGUCGAGGGAGUUCUCGUCAUCAAGCAACCUUGGCCUUCAAUUGCCCGUUCUUUUUUCUACACGGGAGACGGAGCUGCACGCGAUGAACAUGGCUACAUUUGGAUCAAGGGCCGUAUUGAUGAUGUUAUCAAUGUCUCUGGACACCGUCUGUCAACUGCUGAGAUCGAAUCCGCCUUGAUCAUGCACAAGGGUGUCGCCGAGACUGCAGUCAUCGGUACUGCUGACGAGUUGACGGGACAGGCUGUAUUUGCCUUCGUCACACUUAAACCGGAAUUCACAUACGAUCACAAUGACGAGGCUUCGCUGGCUAAGGAGCUCGUGCUCCAAGUUAGGAAGGUGAUUGGCCCCUUCGCGGCACCUAAAAAGAUCUUCAUCGUCAGUGAUCUGCCCAAGACCCGCUCCGGAAAGAUCAUGCGUCGCAUCAUGCGUAAGAUCGUCGCUGGCGAAGGUGAUCAACUCGGUGAUCUUAGCACUGUUGCUGAGCCUGGUGUGGUUGAUGUCAUCAAGAAGAAGGUUGCGGAGAGUACGUAAACUCAAGCAUACAAGUGUUCGGAAACCGUUGUUGUACUAUCAAUGUACUUUUCGCUUUUAUGUCUUUCAUACCAUACGUGAUUAAUACUUUGUACAAGAUAGACGAGUAAAUGUUGCAACAUAGGAAUGGUUUUCGCAGCUUAUCUACCAGCUAUUGCCGAACGAGUUUGUCAACGUUUUGCUCAGUGGGCUCCAUCAUUAUCCUU